CUGCAGUGACUGUCAGUAACCAUGCAGCGGCCCGACUGCAAUACCAGUAAUAUCAUUACUUGAAGAGCUGUCGAGUCGUGUCAUGUUUUAAUCGUGAUAAAUUUCGUAAACAAUGGCGAGUAUUCUGUUUUACGCGAUCGCGUGGCUAAUCGUGUGUAACGAUGUAAGCGGCAAAUCCAACGAUAAGCUACAAUGUAAAGACGAAAACAAUGCACCCGUUGAUUGGUACGUGGCGUACAAGUUACCGAAAACUUCAACCAGUAGCAAUCCUCUGAUUAGAGAAGGCUAUGCUUAUCUCUAUAUAACAAACGCAACUGUAGAGAGCGGUUGGUCGUUGUCUACCAAGUCCAUCGGUUCAAAUAAUUCCAUCCUUGGAGUCACGUUAGCGCCACUCUACGAUGACAAAAUCGAAGCCAAAAGUAUGUGGAGUUUGUACAACGACAAUCCUCCAGAUGCACCGACAGUCUUUAAAUAUGGCCACGCGAAGGGCGUAGUGAUGGUUAACAGCGACCAGGGGUUUUGGUUAAUUCAUAGCGUGCCGAGUUUCCCUCCAGUUCCAACAGUCGGCGAGGUAACUCGUCCUACGAUCAGGGAAAACAUAACUAUCGCUGGCCGGUAUAAUUAUCCAGACAGUGGAACGCUCUUUGGACAGAGUUUUCUGUGUGUCUCCAUCGGCAGUGAUCAAUUCAACACUCUCGGCGAACAGUUAAUGUACAAUGAGAUAGUAGUGUACGCUAAAAAUAUUCCCGAUACUCUAGGCAACGAGUAUCCACUGUUGAGGAACGCUACCAAUCAGAAACGCGUUAAAUCACCCCCCUACAACAGCAAAGCUUCGAUAAGAACCUUGGGAUCGGUCGAGUUCACUUCGUUCGCCAAGGGUAGCAAGUGGCAGAAAGAUUUGUACGCCGAUUUCGUCGCGCCGCAGUUGCAGACGAAUCUGUACGUGCAGUCGUGGUUGAACGGACGUGGGAAACUUCCGUCCACCUGCAGCCGUAGAAAAAUUUACAACGUAAAGAGCCUUCGGUUCGAGGCGGCCAAUAUUGAUUUCACGAGCAGCCGCGAUCACUCCAAAUGGGCCAUAACAGUCACCAAGAAAGCAGCCGCUCAUUGGGUUUGCGUGGCCGAUAUUAACAGAGCCGACACGCAGUAUUCCCGAGGCGGCGGAGCCAUGUGUUUCAAACAGAACCAAGUGUGGAACGAUUAUCGCAGUGUUAUAAACGACGUGGAGCCUUGCUCCACAACGUAAACGUGACAUUUUCUCUUUUAGUUGGAGAUAUAACGAAUCUCGAUACGUUUACGCGGAGUUGUGCAUAGAAAGAGUACUGGACACUUGAGGAGUACAACACACUAGCGAUAGCUAAAACAAGUUAGACGAUUACCGUUGAAUGUACAAUCAGGAGCAAAACUGAACUAUUAUACUAUAAAUCAACGUUGAUCAUUAUUUCAUUUUCAUAGAAAACGUACACUAUUUCGUAACAUUUAAGUUCUCCUUUGGUCUCUAGCCAAUAAUUUGUUCUCCUUUUGUUUCUCCUUUAGCUCCUCUAGUAAUAUCCUUCUAUAAUAAAUUUGCUACAAUUUCGGUCUA